UUUGUAUUUGUAAACUUUUCUCGCAAGAAAUUUUGGUCUGAGAAGCCGCCAUGAAGGAUCCUUAGAUCGAAUCCUACGAUCCUUUAAAUCCGUUAUCCCUUCUCAACUCCCCAGUUCUUUCUUCGAUUCCUUUUAAGUCUUCUUCUUUUCUCCAAAUUUCUUUUCAAAUUCCAGCUAAAACCCAGCUUUUCAGACACUUCAUCAGGAAAUUCCUCUUUCUCCAGCUCUCUUCUCCCUCCUCAAUUUCCCAGUUCUCUCUUCGAUUUCUUUUGAGAUUUCUUCUUCUUUCCAAAUUUCCGCUCAAAUCCGAGCUAAAAAUCCAGCUUUUGAUCCGAUUCAUCAUAAAUUCAUUUUUCUCGGGCUCGGUAGAGCUGCUGGAGGUGUUGGUGAAGGAAUUUGGUGUCUUUUCUUGGGAUUCUGCGGGAAAACUUGGAAUCUGAGUUUCUCUUCUUCUUGGCGGUUGUUCGUUCGAUCGAUGCUAUAUAGUUGGGAUUUUUUGGUCGUUUGAUGGGCAACACAUGCCGGAGAUCUUUUGGAAUCAACUUUCCCCACAGCUUCAACAAGCCGCCGGACCGAUCGUCCUCUAAGCGGAAUCCCUCCUCCUCCGACGGUUCCCGCUCCUGCUCCAGCUACGAGACACCCAAGAAGCCCGACCGUGAGGCCGCCGUGAGCCCCAGAGAAGCCCAUUCCGCCGCGGUCGUCGCCGCCGCCGUCAUGAGGCGCGGCAUCGACCCCAACUCCAACUACGUCCUCGGCCACAAGACCCCCAACCUCCGGGACCUCUACACCCUCGGCCGCAAGCUGGGGCAGGGCCAGUUCGGCACCACGUACCUCUGCACCGAGAUCUCCACGGGGAUCGAGUAUGCCUGCAAGUCGAUUUCCAAGCGGAAAUUGAUCUCCAAAGAUGACGUGGAGGAUGUCAGGAGGGAGAUCCAGAUCAUGCACCAUCUCGCGGGCCACAAGAACGUGGUCACGAUCAAGGGGGCGUACGAGGACUCGCACUCCGUGCACAUCGUGAUGGAGCUGUGCGCCGGUGGGGAGCUCUUCGACCGGAUCAUUGAGAGGGGGCAUUUCAGCGAACGCAAGGCGGCCGAGAUCACGAGGAUCAUCGUCGGGGUCGUGGAGGCGUGCCACUCCCUUGGAGUCAUGCACCGGGAUCUCAAGCCGGAGAAUUUCUUGCUUGUUAAUAAGGAUGACGAUACCUCGCUCAAAGCCAUCGAUUUUGGUCUCUCUGUGUUCUUCAAGCCAGGUCAGGUCUUUGCUGAUGUGGUUGGAAGCCCAUACUAUGUUGCUCCUGAGGUACUGUUGAAGCUUUAUGGACCAGAGGCUGAUGUCUGGACAGCUGGUGUUAUACUUUACAUAUUGUUGAGUGGUGUACCACCUUUUUGGGCUGAAACACAGCAAGGAAUAUUUGAUGCAAUUCUGAAGGGAGUAAUAGAUUUUGACUCAGAUCCAUGGCCAUUAAUAUCUGAUAGUGCCAAGGAUCUUAUCAGAAAAAUGCUCUGUUCUAGUCCUUCAGAACGCUUGGCAGCCCAUGAAGUACUAUGUCAUCCCUGGAUAUGUGAAAAUGGAGUUGCUCCUGACAGAGCUCUUGAUCCUGCAGUCCUUUCUCGCCUCAAACAAUUUUCAGCAAUGAAUAAAUUAAAGAAGAUGGCUUUACGA